ACCAAAACACAUUUCUAUAAACUCAGAAACAAACAAAAGAUCAAGAAGAAACAUGGUGAUGAUCAAGACCACAUGGGUUUCCCUUUUUGCUCUAGCGACGGUUCUCCUAAUGAUUCUUGCCCCGGCGGCAGAAGCCGUGACAUGCUCGCCAAUGCAGCUAAGCCCAUGUGCAGCGGCGAUAACGUCGUCUUCUCCACCAUCGGCUUUGUGCUGUGCAAAGCUGAAGGAACAGAAGCCAUGCCUUUGUGGUUACAUGAGAAACCCUAGCCUCCGUCGCUUCGUCAGCUCUCCCAACGCUCGUAAAGUCUCUAACCGUUGCAGACUCCCCAUCCCAAGGUGUUAAAAAACAGAAAGGUGUUUGCUAUUUAUGAUCAUCCUAUAUAUGUUUCAAUCCUACUUUUGGUGUGUGUUUAAGGAUGUUUCUUUAUUAUCUCUAAGUAGUAGAGCUAUGUGGUACUCUUGCGAAUAACAAUGUGUGGUGAUG